AUGAUCAUUAUUUUUUUCUCCAGGGUAAAAAAUUGUAUUGCAAUGGGCAGAGAAAAUAUUAUUGACCCAAAAACUGAUGGGGGGAAAUGGUACCAGUUGAAAAGGGAAUCCAUGCAAUUAGCCAACUUUACUUCUCAAACGGUUGGGCUACAAGUUACCUUUCCAUCAGGAGAGUGGGAUGUAUUUCCUUCUAAAGACUUGCCCACAUCGUUUAAUUUUGGCAGCAUUUACCAUUACACUGUCGAGUCUAUGCCUUCUCUCCUUGAUUUAUGUGAUUCAAACCAAGAUACUUCUGAUGAUGAAGCUAUGAAUUUUGAUGGUCAAAGUGCUGUAAAUGUAUGUGAAGAAUCACAUAUAAAAAAGAACAAACCUAUGAGACGUGGACUGAUGUUUGUCAAAAGUGGAUGGGUUCGAAAUGUGAGAGACAUUGUGCAGGGAGGCAUACAUUUUAUUAAAGCAGAAGUGAGAGCUUCAAUGGCUAAGAAAGCAUAUGAAGUUCGCAUUGCAAUUUCUGAUAUAUCUGGAAAUGUUCAUCAUGGUCAGUGUGAUGUUUGCCCCCAACAUGCAUUAGGAAGAUGCUCGCAUGUCAGCGCACUGCUGAUGUUCAUUCUUACACACAUCAGAAUAAAUGGUCACAAAGGUAAAUAA